GGCGGGCUCGCGCGCAAGCACAAGUCCGUCCACGAGCGUACGCGUGCGGGUGGCCGUUCUGUCGCGUGUGCAGAGAGGGACACGCGGAAUGAAGAUCAUUUCAGGUCGCUGGGACGUGCUUUAAUGAUUCUUUAAUAUUGUUACACCAAUUCUUUCCCUGCCAGAUUAGGAAAAAGAGGGAAGAGAGGUGUGGCCAGAGUGCUCUGGGGAGCCGGGGGUUCCCGACUCCUGAGCGGUUUAGGAGGGCCUCCAGGAAGAGGGGGCCGCUGAGCAGGAAGAACCUGCUGGCAUUUAUCUAUCUGUUAGGUUGUGGGGCGGGGGGACACCAGGGAGUGGAACGGCUUCUCGGCCCACUUGCUGAGUUGGCGACCGGGUCGUUCCAGGGAAAGCAGGGGUUUUUUGUCAAAUCGUGAGGUGAGAUUUUCUUGGGCAGGCGCCCCUCCAGAUUGCUGUCCCCCAGUCCACACUUCUCAGUGUUUCACGCCGCAUAGCAAUGAGGGGAGAUGAAAGCCUUUUAAAACCAUGGGUAACCGUUCAUACGUGAGGGGACCCCGAUAACUGGUGUAGGGGCCGAGUGUCCUAGGCCUGCGGCCUGCUUUGGUGUUUGCUCUACUCCCUCCCCUCCAGACCAUGCGGGUCCACUUUUCCAGCCCGUGCGCUGCAGGCAUCUGCCUCCAGCUCUCAGGUCUGUGUGUCUGUCUGUGCAUCUUCCAUUUGCAGAAGGUUCGAGGAGCUAACAUGCUUUUUUUCUCGUCCUGUGUAUCCUUGGGAUACCUCUAGAGAAAUACCCAAGAAACACUGCUGGUGGUUUCCAGGGCUGGGAGAUUUCAUUGUACUUCUGGUAUCACUUGAAUUUUUUUAUUUUGUGCAUAUGUUUUGUAUAUAUGUAUACAUUAAAAAAAAUUUUUUAAGAGAAACAGGCUUUGUGGCCAAGCAUGAUGAGGUGCAGAAACGGGCUGAUACUGUGAUAAUGUGAUAAUGUGAGGAGAGCCCAGCUAAGAGAGGGACAGGUGUGGUGGAAGGGAGGGGCUGGCUUUGAGAGAAAUUUUUGAGGCAAAAUCCCUAGAAUUUGAAGAGAGCAGAUCAGGGAGGUGGGGUUGUAGAUGGUCGAGGAGGAGGAAUGGAUAACUCUGGGAUUUGCAGCUGGGAAGCUAGCUGGACAGCAAGAGAUGCCGUCAGCCCCCAUCUAGAAGACAGGGCAGAGCAGGAGGUAGGUGGUGUCUCGAGGGGCAUCUGGGUUGAGCCUCAGGUGGCAGCUGGAAAUGUGAGCUGGGAACCUUGGAGAGAGGUCAGGGCUGAUGAUCUCGGAAGUUUCGGAAUAUGGGGCCUUACAGCCGAUAAGAUGCCCAGGGAGUGGGUUAGAGACAGAGAAGGGCUUCCUGGGGUGAUGGUCCUUUGGGGUGGAGGAGGAGCAGCAGAAAGACUGUGCAGGGGGGUUGGAGAAGCGGGGGGACCGGAGGCCUGGAAAUCCAGAGAGCAGAGCUUUGAGAAGCAGCGUGUGGUCAGGUACUUAGCGCAGUGGAAAGGUCCAGGAGGGGGCAAGCGAUCACGGAGGACUGAGGUAGAGCCGCGCCGCGGUGGGUUGAGGUGUGAGCAGCAGUAGAAGUGCACAUGGUGGCUACCACAUGCCAGCCCCGAGCUAGCGAGAAGGGGGAGUGAGCCCCACCCUCAGAGACAGACCAGCGCGGAGGAGACAGAAACGCAAGAAGAGAAUUUUAAUAGGAUUUGGUUGGCGCUGUGAGAGGUGCACAGGAUGUUACAUAGAGAAAGGGGACUUAACUCGGUCUGGGAGCCUGGGGGUGGGGCUGGAGGCAUGGGGGCUCCGACCGUGGCUAGUGGAAGCAGAGGACUUGGCACCCCAGACACAAUGGCCCUGGUGUCUGCUGAUUCCCGCAUCGCAGAACUUCUCACGGAGCUCCAUCAACUGAUCAAACAAACCCAGGAGGAGCGUUCGCGGAGUGAGCAUAACUUAGUGAACAUCCAGAAGACCCAUGAGCGGAUGCAGACAGAGAACAAGAUCUCUCCGUAUUACCGGACAAAGCUACGUGGGCUGUACACGACCGCCAAGGCUGACGCGGAGGCUGAGUGCAACAUCCUCCGGAAGGCUCUAGAUAAGAUCGCGGAAAUCAAGUCUCUGUUGGAAGAAAGGCGGAUUGCGGCCAAGAUCGCGGGCCUGUACAACGACUCGGAGCCCCCUCGGAAGACCAUGCGCCGGGGGGUGCUGAUGACCCUGCUGCAGCAGUCGGCCAUGACCCUGCCCCUGUGGAUCGGGAAGCCUGGUGACAAGCCCCCACCCCUCUGUGGGGCCAUUCCAGCCUCUGGGGACUACGUGGCCAAGCCCGGAGACAAGGUGGCCGCCCGGGUCAAGGCUGUGGACGGGGAUGAGCAGUGGAUCCUGGCGGAGGUGGUCAGUUACAGCCACGCCACCAACAAGUACGAGGUGGAUGACAUCGAUGAGGAAGGCAAAGAGAGACACACGCUGAGCCGACGGCGUAUCAUCCCGCUGCCCCAGUGGAAAGCCAACCCGGAGACGGACCCGGAGGCCUUGUUUCAGAAGGAACAGCUUGUGCUGGCCCUGUACCCCCAGACCACCUGCUUCUACCGUGCCCUGAUCCACACGCCCCCACAGCGGCCCCAGGAUGACUAUUCAGUCCUGUUUGAAGACACGUCCUAUGCAGACGGUUACUCCCCUCCCCUCAAUGUGGCCCAGAGGUACGUGGUGGCUUGUAAGGAGCCCAAGAAGAAGUGAAGCGGGCCGGCAGACUCGCGCUCUCCUGCCACCCUCACAGGGGAACGCAGCAGCAGAUUUCAUGGCAAAUAAAUAUUGUUCCCCUUUGCCCACGUC